AUGUUCUCCGAAUAUGCCUCCCGUUUCCUCGCACAGUCCCAGUCACGGGUUGUGAACCAUCCAGAAGACCCCCGAAGAAAGGGACAUGAACGUCUCUUGCAACAACCUCGGAAUUCUCUUUUGCCCUCCUCGCGCUCAUUCUUCCACAGGAAUGCGGCCGACCCAUAUCAACCUGCCGGUUCUCAACUAUCAAGCUUCCCUUUUAGUUCGAGGGUUGUGUCUCAGCCUGCGCCUCUCUUCUACAGCGCUACUGACGAAUUUCGAGAGGAGGAUGAUGAGGUUGAGCAUGAGCGAGAGAUUGCCGACUUCUAUGCCUUACAAAAAUCACGGCGUCAAUUUGGGAGCAGCUACCUUAGGGAGUCUUCAGAGAUUGGCGACGAUAACGACUCUGCCAGCUCGAAGGAACAAAAGCCUCCCUAUACUAGGGGGAAGGGCAUUUGGAGCUCCUGGCGCGACGCCGAAACUAGCGACAGAGCGCAAGAGUUGCGUGCUGAAUACGACGGGGAGCCACGCGGAACGGGAGAUUCGGUUCAAGCAGAGCGAAACAGAAGCAGGCUCAGGGGAAACCUAGUUGACGUUCAACUGGAAGAUACACUGGCAUCCGAUGUUGGCCGCGACCGGGCUGACUCUCCCGUAUUUGGUGAUGAUAAACCGCCCUCCAUUCAACGGUUUCGAGAGCAGCCACAGUCACGAACGGGCAAUCUCGGAAUAGACUCAGUCCUCUUGCCUAUAGAUUCAGAUAACGCAGUAUUGCCAGAAACAUCCCAACCGCCAGGCAUGUCACGGCCAUACCGAAUGUCGACUCCACCGAUAGGCGCUAGCUCUCCAACUCAUGAUGCCUUCUGGGGUCAGUUAUUUCUCAUAUCCGUGGCCUCUCUCUUCGCUACGUCAUUUCUUGUCUACCUCCACACUUCACCUCCUUCUGGUGACAAGUCGAAAUGGGGUGACACGGUCUACUUGACCAUCCACAGUUCAUUUUACCUGCUGGGUACCUAUACUGUCGCGUCGAUAUUCAUAUCUCUGCUCUGGCUGGCAUUAUUACGUUCCUACGUACGUCCAUUGGUCUACGCUGUCAUCAUCGCCGUUCCCAUAAUCCUGUAUUCCUUCUUUCUCUACCCCUUUAUCUCGAGUUUUGGAGGUACGUGGCACGGAUCGAGUGUUCAGGACAAAGUCAUGAGAUGCGGGUCUAUUGUUCCGUUUGUUUUGGCCAGUGCAUGGAUUUAUAAUGUCGUUCGAGGUCGCCACGCUAUAGGGAGGGCCGUCGACAUACUCGAAUUUGCAUGCCGCAUCCUCGCCGUGAAUCCAGAGCUUCUAGCUUUGGGGCUUGGUGCCCUCGUUCUCAUUGUCUUAUGGACCUGGCUAUGGAUGCUCAUAUUUACGCGAGUGUUUUUGGAAGGUCAUCUUUCUCGGUCCAGCCUUUUUGUUGUCGAUUCAAGCGGCUGGUGCUUAGGAGUCUACUAUGUGCUCGUUUACGCAUGGUCACUGGGAGUCAUCGCUGGUAUUCGACGUACAGUCACAGCUGCCGCCGUGAGCCAGUGGUAUUUUCACCGCUAUACGAUGCCGGCGCCGACGUCCAGGCAAAUAGUCCAGGCCGCAACUCUGCACUCCGUUACAACCCUUUUUGGUACAAUUUGCCUAUCGAGCCUCCUGGCUUUAAUGAUCCGCGUCCCGCUUUUGUUGCUUCCCGGUCGCAUCGCCUCCCUUUUGAGUUUCUGCGCCUAUUCGUUUGUCCCAACUCCUAUAACUGCCCUUACGGACCCUCUUACCCUCACAUAUGCUUCCAUUCAUUCCCAGCCGCUUACAGUGUCCGCUCGUGGCCUGGUGCAGAUGACAAACCUGACGCCCUCCAUAGCGACGACUUCUUUACACCCACGGUCGUUCUCUUGGUCUCGUGAGCAUUCUGGAGCUCUUCUCCCUUACCGACUUUCCAAGCUCAUCCUGCAUGCUGCUCGUCUCAUGAUGUCUCUUGCGCUUGGGUUUGGUGGCUGGGUGAGCACUGCCCGGAGCCUAAGUGUGAUGGGUACCAACGGUUCAAUCCGUGGAAGCAUGUAUGCCUAUAUGGUUGGGUUCAUUGCUGGGACGAUUGGUUGGAGUGUGUUGGGAGCAAUUGAAGGUGUGAUUGCAGAUAUUGUCGAUGCAUCAAUCAUUUGUUGGAGUAGCGAAGUUGGAGCCUACGGGCGAGAGGCAAGGUACCUGUGCGACCAUGAAGCGAAGGUAUCGUAUCUAGAUCGUUAUUAG